UUCAGAAAUCAGAAAUUCGCGUCAGUUGACUUCCGCAGCUCGCGGCGAUUGGAAAUCGGUUGCCAAGAGGCCAGGCUACCGGGGCCAGCCCACUAGGAACGUGCUUAAAAUCUCACUUCAAGUAGUCACCUGGCCACCAGGUGAGCCAAGGAGUGGUGCACAAACUAAUACAAAAAUACAAAAAUAAUAAUAAUAAAAUCUAGAAAUUAAAAUAGAAAAAUAGUGCCAACCUUGAACCUGCCUUGCAUUUUUUGUUUUUGUUUUUUUUUUUUCUCAAUUAGAUGCAGGUCUGUCAGUCAGUCAGUGAGUGAAAUAGAAGGCAGUGGGAGGCAGUGGACGACGCCAGCUCUAAAAAUAAAAGCUAAGCGACUAAGAAUUACAAGAGCAGGAAGAGAGAGGCGCUGCCAAGUGGUAUAGUAGCACUUGCCAAGGAUAUACUAUAAGGAUAUACUAUAAGGACACUAGAGAGAGCACCAUGGAGGACAAGAAGGUGUACCAGGACACGACGAGGCCGCUGCCGAAAAUGUCCAGAAAUCGAUAUUACAACAAGAAUGACAAGAGCGACCUGGGCCCGGACUUCGUGGCGCCGGACGGCGGCUGGGCGUGGCUGGUGUGCGUGGCCGCCGGAGUUUCAAAUCUUUCCAUAUAUCCCUGCCUGCAACAGUUCGGCUUCCUUUUCCGGGAACGGCUGGCGGACCUGGGGAUGUCCAGCUCGGAGAUUACGGCCAUUAUCAACACAAAUCCGGCCGUAUCGGCCUGUACGGGUCUCCUCAACGGGCCCAUGUUCCGGCGCUUCACCUUCCGGCAGGUGGCCAUGGCCGGAUCCCUCUGCAUAUCCGGCGGCAUCAUCCUGACCGCCUUCUGUGAGACUUUUCUGGGCUACAUGUUCGCCUACGCCUUGCUUUUUGGCUUCGGAAUGGGAAUCAGUGUGAGUGCCUCCUCGCUGGCCAUCAACACCUACUUCCAGAAGAAGCGCCGCCGCGCCGCCGGAUUCUCCUGGACGAUCACCGGGCUGGGGCCGAUCUUCCUGCCCCACCUGGUGACCUUUCUGCUGACCCUCUACGGCGUCCAGGGCACAACCCUGCUCUUCGCCGCCCUGUCCCUGCACUCGUUCGUCUGCGCCCUCAUCUACCAGCCAGUCCGGUACCAUACGAGGCCCGGCGAGGCGCUGGACUGCGAUCCGGAGCAGCAGGUGGAGGUCCUGUGCCCGCACUGCGCCUGGCAGCAGAAACGAGAGCCGGGCGGGAUAUUCUCCAGCCAGUACCUGUGCCAGGACGACGACGCCCAGCGGCCGGGCUACGAGAUCUGUGAGCCGGGCACGCCGAUGCUCUCCCGGGCGAAUGACGGCUGGUUCGGAUCCCGGCUGUCCUUGACGUCGGGUCGGUUGCGGUUCCGCACCAUUUCCAGUUCCAAGGACCUGGAGCAGACCCAGCGACUGCAGUGCCCCAUCAGUGAGGAGCGCGAUCCGCGGGAGGAGGACGAGAUGGGCGAGGACCAGGAUUCGGGGCAGGACCAUGACUUCCUCAAGCCGAACAACUUUCGGCGGGAGCGCGUGGAGUCCAACUUGGAGGCGAAACUGUACUGUCGGUGCGACGAGAUCCGCAAGGAGUUGAACAACAACAAGGAGAAGCUGAAGGAUUCUCCCUGUUAUCCUUCGGAAAAGGACGCGGAGAGGGAGGUGGAGGCGCGGCACGAUCCCAAGAUGAGUUUCCUCGGCAAGGUGGUGACCUUCUUCGACCUGGACCUCCUGCGGGACUUCACGUUCGUGAAUCUGGUGGCCGGACUGACGAUCAUCAACUUCGGGGAGCUGAACUUCUCCAUCCUGACGCCCUUCAUCCUGGCCGACUUCGGCUUCGACACGCCCCAGAUCACGCUGGCCAUGUCGAUCCUGGGCGGGCUGGACAUCACCAUGAGAUUCCUGGUGCCCUUCCUCACCGAGAAGAUACCGUGGGACAAUCGGGUCUUCUUCCUCAUCGGCGUGGUGGGCAUCGCCCUCGGCCGCACCGUGGUGGCCUGCACCAGGUCCUACUCCCUCAUCCUGGCCAGCUUCGUCUGGAUCGGCCUCUGCAAGGGGGUGCGCACCAUCUUCUGGCCCCUGAUCAUUCCCGGCUAUGUGCCGCUGAACCGCCUGCCGGGCGCCUCCGGACUCCAGCUCCUCAUCUCGGGCAUUUUCACCCUGGUGGGAGGUCCUUUUGUGGGCCUGGUGCGGGAUCGUUACGACUACUCGGUUACCCUGCACUGUCUCAACAUGAUGUCCUUUGUGGCAGCCGCCUCCUGGACCCUGGAGGCCCUGAUUCGCCGCCAUCGCCGCAGGCACCGCUUGGUGGAAAGCUAAAAGGAUCCAAGGAUCCUCGCCAGGACACACAGGACACCAGGUCCAACUCAGACAUCCUAGCAUUAGAACAAACAUUUUUUUUUGUUAGACUUAAAAAAAGAGUAAUUUUUUGUACGAAAAUAAAUGUGUAUUACAUGUUGUGUGUAAAAAAACUUAAAAAAUAAAAA